GCUGGUUUGGGGCUGAGGUGGGGAGGACCCUCCCCGGCUCUUAAAGGGCCAGCUCGAGGGAAGGCGACUGCUGCAGCUACAAGAUGAGUGAAUCCCUAGUGGUUUGCGAUGUUGCUGAAGACCUUGUAGAGAAGCUGAGAAAGUUUCGUUUUCGCAAAGACACGAACAAUGCAGCCAUUAUCAUGAAGAUUGAUAAAGAGAAACAGCUGGUGGUUCUGGAUGAAGAACAUGAGGGCAUUUCUCCAGAUGAACUAAAAGAUGAACUUCCAGAAAGACAACCUCGAUUCAUUGUCUAUAGCUACAAGUACCAACAUGAUGAUGGGCGAGUCUCUUACCCACUCUGCUUUAUCUUCUCUAGUCCAGUUGGGUGUAAGCCUGAGCAACAGAUGAUGUAUGCUGGUAGCAAAAAUAAAUUAGUACAAACAGCAGAACUCACAAAGGUAUUUGAAAUCAGGAAUACAGAAGAUCUCACUGAGGAAUGGCUUCAGGAGAAGCUUGGCUACUUCCACUAAAAGAAGGAUUAAGCAUUCCAUCCGGUUCAAACUGGAACCAGACACAACUCCUGCUUUCUAAACCUACUAAGAAUGCACUGUACUUACAGUUGUUUCCUGCAGUGUUUGUAUGUAUGUACAUAUAUAUGUAUAUAUUUGUCUGUGCAAAAGUUAUAUACAUGAGGGGAAGAGGCAUCUUCUACUUAACCAAACUUUGCCCAGGAUUAUUCCUUUCCUUCUAAUUGUGUAAAAGGGAACAAUUCUCUUCCUGCAGGGAUAAUUUUUUUUUUUUGCACUCACAU